UCGAAUGUUAAGUGUUGGUGAGGCGCGUCGUUGGUAGUCAGUCAGUGUUUGGGAAAGCUGUUCACUUGUUAAAGUUUGUUGAUUUUUAUUUUUUCGUUUCUUUUCACUCAUCUCGUUAAGGAAUUGAAGCACUCGAGCCACAUAAGUGACCAGAUGCAGAUGAUGCAAUGCAUCUUGAGGAAUGACUGAGUGACAGGUCAUUCCUACGUAAUUCAUUGUUUGGACACGUUUUGAGUGCAUAAUUUACUAACCGGAAAGAUCCUCUAUACUUCUUAGGAACAAAAUAUUCGCACGCCGUUGAGUCUGGCAGCGUAACAGUUCAACACUGCUUCGAGUCAGCGCCGCUUGAGCGGAGUCCAAAUACAUUUUUCGCAUUUGUAUCAGACGCCUUAUGGUACUCCUCUUCCUUGCUUUAUAUUCUGCACACGACGAAAAUUAUGUGGGUAUUUCCUAAAAUAAUGUAUGGAUUUUCAUUCCCAAAUUGGUUUGCUCCAGACUCGAAGCAGUGACCCUCGAGCACGAGCCGCGUAAGUGAUGAAGCGUCAGUGCUCCCUCGGUUCCUGCACACUGACCCUCGCUGUCAGUGUGUUAACGUGCGGGUCCUCCAUCCUCUUGAUUAUUCACCCAUAUCAGUAUUAAAUGUAGUGACCGUUUACUCUACAACGCAGUGGUGCAAACUUUUUAGUGAAUAGCCAACUAGGAGCUGGAGUUGACUCAGUCACAGGAGAGUCGCGGCAUCCCAGCCUGCUUCUCCCCGUGGCGGCCACUGGGCGACAUCAGAGGCAAGGCUGAUGUGGCGCGUGGCGUGGUGGGAGAGGAAAUUACGGGGGAGACUGUUGUGGCGGCAGUCUCAAGCUCAGGUGUCUGGUUUCGUGGAUGCCUGCACUCGAUUCUGAUUGGUUGAGGUCCUGCUGUGUUGCAAAAGCUGACGACAUCCGCUGUUCCUCAUAAUGCUGGAUUUGCAUCAGGGUUCACAAGGAGGCUGAUCUCUAAGCCUUCUGCCUCCCUCUCACAGUACGGUGGCUAUGCAUGGAACCAUCAGCUACACAACGCGGUAUUGACUUGCGACUCGUGUGUAGCGUAUCAGCGUCUUCUGUGGCGAGGCAUUCCAGGUCUGGCCUUGUUUUGGCCCUCGUCAUCUCUCACUGCCGUUCCCUGCUGCAAAAAAACAAUGAAUGGGAGAAGAAAAAAAUAGAUGGUUUUUAAAAUAUGUGGAGAUGGGUAAGGUACACGAGGUUGCUUUCGUCUUCCCCACUCUGUUUCGUCUCAUCAGUGGCGCAGGUGAGGCACACAAGAGCGAGGUGCGUCUUGAGUGGCAGACAGAGGGCGACCUGUGGCUUGACACUGCUUUCACCCGCCCUUAUGACCCGCCCAACACGGAGAUGACGUGCGAUAAGCUGUUUGGGACCACCCGUGCCCUGACAAGCGGCCCAUGUCCAUAUCUGCUGGCAUGGAGUGUAGGUCUGCUGGGUGUGGAAGAUCUCCUCCCAGUGGAAGUGAAAGGCCGCCACCUUCUUGUAGGAGGGUCGCGGCAGGCAUCACCAUCACCGGCCGAGAUUCUGCACCAAAGCUUCCACCUUGAGCGGCUUGUGUCUGAGGCGCCGCCACACACACACGCCGCGCUUCUCACCGUUCUCUGGAUCCUGUGUUUUCAUUUUGUCUGUAGAGUCACUGGGUGGCAGUAGGUGUUUCAUUUGUGUUUCCAGAUUCAUUGACACUCAGCAAACUUCAGGCCUUCGAUUCCCGUCUCUGAUUGGACGACUGCCUGCUUGCGUGAGAGAGAGAGAGAGAGAGAGAGAGAGAGAGAGAGAGAGAGAGAGAGAGAGAGAGAGAGAGAGAGAGAGAGUGUGUUUGUGUGUGUGUGUGUGUGUGUGUGUGUGUGUGUGUGUGUGUGCUUUAUCUGAUAAGCACUCACAGCCAGUCAGUUGCAGCAUUACCUAUCUGCGUGAAAACCUGUACAUAAUUUAACUUUCCUCCUUUCUAUCAUACUCAGCUCGGCAUAUUCUAUUAUCUCUGCCCUAGCAAUCUUAGCUUAGUGACCCCGCAACGCACACCCAUCAUAAAUCACACCCACUCAGGCCACCACCACUGCAAAAUUUUCUGUUGUGUUUAACUUAGGAAAUUGUUGUUUUAUCGUCAUACGUACCGCAAUAAAUCACCAACCAUCACAAGUACAAGUUUAGCACAAGUUUUCGCCCAGUGACUGUAUCCUUUAUAGUCAAAUAUGGCUACGGUAAAUACUUCGCAUCUUUGGUUGUAAAA